AUGGAGAGAAAAAGACAGCUACAGAAAAGGGAGUUUGGGAAAAGACUUUCUCUGGACAGCAGUCUUGUGGAAUAUAUGGACUCAAACAAAUAUAUAGAGCAUUUAGUGACUCAACUAGAAGAACAACGCUGGAAUUUAUGGAGGCAAAAGCUGUCCGUGGCGCGGCUGCAGCGGGAGGUCGCGCAGAGCGAGCGCCAAGGAGCCAUGCGUGAGAAGCUGAUACAUGAGUUGGAGGAAGAAAGACUUUUAAGACUUGAGAGUGAAAAAAGAUUACGGGAGGUAACGCUGGAGUCGGAGCGUAGCAGAGCUCAGAUGCGUGGGCUGCAAGAACAGUUUUCCAGAAUGGAGGAGACAGUGAGAAAUCUACUACAGCAUCAAGGGUCCCCAGGCCAGAAUGGAGAAGGAACUGUCAGUAUCAUGAAGGUGUAUCAGGAAAAGCUGUCAGAAGACAGUAGGAGAUGUAAAGAAGGGAUGGAAAAAAUUCAUGUGGCAGUAGAUGAAGAUUCAAGAAGUGAAAGCAGCAGUACCGAAGAGGAAAAAGAAAAGACAAAAUUGCUAUUAGAGCGUUUGAAGGCUCUGGAGGCGGAGAAUUCAGCACUGGCUCUGGAAAAUGAAAGUCAGAGAGAACAGUAUGAAAGGUGUCUUGAUGAGGUAGCUAAUCAGGUUGUCCAGGCUCUACUUACUCAAAAGGAUCUGAGGGAGGAAUGCAUAAAGCUGAAAACGAGAGUUUUUGAUUUGGAACAACAGAAUCGAACGUUAAGUGUGCUUUUCCAGCAGAGAGUCAGGCCAGCCUCUGACCUCCUCCUUCAGAAACUCCAUUCACGCAUCUUAGAUCUCUCAUCUGGGGAUUUGCUUUCAGAAGUAGAGAGAAACAGAAGCUUGGUGCAAUCUCGAACUGCUGAUGCUCAGAUUCAUGAAUGCCAGCAGAAUGUGAAAUCCAGCAUACCUGUCUUGAAAUGCCAGAGUCAAUUAAAUAUGACAGGUCCGAGCCGCCUGUAUCCCCGGAGCAGCUGCAGUAGUAGUGAACUCUCCCUCUCAAGUGCUUGCAGUGAAUAUUCCAGUGGUUCCUCCUACACUUGGAAUGAUGGGAAAACAUGCAGCAAAAGGUCAUCCGUAACCUGGGAUAAAAGAAUAAGUAUUGGUUCUUCACUACCGAGCAACCUCUCAAGUCCUGCAGAUGAUCUACCUCCAACUCGUAUCAAGGAAAACCAUAUCUUACAAGGGCUGAAGAAAUUACAGAAACAAAAAAUAUUACUUGAGUCACCUUCAGUAAUAUCAAAAUGGGGUUACAAAGAUUGCAUGAACUCCAAUGAAGGAAUAUAUUCCCCUGGAGUUAAAUGUGGCAGCCAUAAAGAACAGACUCAUUGUCAGCCAAUGGAAAUAGGAAAUAUUUGCAUUGAACAUAGCAAAACUUUCUCUUAUGAUUCAGAUUCACAUGAUGACAUAGACGACAGUGCUUCAUCUUUGCUGCUGCUGCAGGAAGUACCAAGCAAGGACUGCAAGAUCUGUUGUAACAAAUUAACUCACAGUGUUUCUGACAGUCUGUUUGAUUGGGACCCUGACAGGAAGCCUUUGCCUGAAAGAAGCGCAUAUUUUAAUUCAAAAGAAAGACCUGAAAAAUUGACAAGUUUUGUCAGUGGAUUUCAGGCACAAGUAAAAUCGUGCAGUAAAGCAGAGUUGCCUGAGUUACAGUUAGAUCAAAGCCUUGCUAACAUAGGCUGGAAGGACCUUAAUUUUCAGCUUUCAGAUACUGAUGACAAUGAAGUUUUGGAUGAAUUACACAUAGAAAGCAGUGAUGAGAAAAGUCCAUCAGAUUUGUUAGCAGCUCCUUUUCCUGAGAAGUACACAAAGGACGCUGAUGUGGUUGUACUGACGGAGAGUUCUCAGUUUGUUUAUACUGACGGAGAGGACAAACAGCUCUCUGCUCACUCAGAUAUUAGGCCAAAGACGUGUAAUUUUGUUAAACAGCAAAAAGUUAUAAAGAAGACCUCUUCUGAAGAGUGCAUUACUGUAAUAUUUGAUGCUGAGGAUGGUGAGCCUAUUGAAUUCAGCUCACAUCAAACUGGAGUUGUCACUGUAACAAGAAAUGAAAUUUCAAUCGACCAGCCACAAACUAGGUCCAGUGCAGAAUAUACUGAACUCAUACCUCAGGGAAUAGCUAAUUUGCAGACAGGAACCAAUGUUAGAAAGUACCCUGCUUUAGAAAGACCUGAAGAUGAAACGAAGAAAAGGUCUCCUGAAGAAAAUGUAGAGAAUAAAAACACAGUUGUCCCCAUGACCUGCAGUGAAUCUUCACGCUGUGGGAAAGCGAUAUUACAAAAUGGUCAACGACAAAAGCUAGUGAAGCCAGUGUAUGAUAUAUCAUACAAGGCCAGCCCCAGCUCCCCUGUGCCUGCAGGAAUCAGUCAAAAUCCAAACCUGACUAAAAUACCCAGCAGAGGGAAAUUUUCUCCCCCAAAAAAUGCAGUGACUGAGAGUGAGGAGACGCCUGUAACUACAUCAGUGGGCCCUGCAACCCUUGAAAAAUCACCUGCUCUGCCACCUGUAAAGCUUUCCAGAUUCAAAAAAGCACAAAGUCCACCUCGCAAUUUUGACUCAAAAGUCACCUUUCAGCUCCCAAAGCCCUCUGCCCACCCUCUGCCUGGCCCAAAGCUUCCAGGAAGAAGUGAUGGGAUGAAAAAUCCAAAGAGUCCAGGAUCACCACUGUUGCCUCAGCACCUUAUAGAGUCCAGUGACUAUGGAGAACCUCCCACCAGAGAUACUCAUUGCAAUGCAGCAACUGCAGAUGCCCGAUCACCAUCACCACCCCUUCCUCCAGGCAGGUCAACUUCACUGCUAGUUAGGCCUAAUUAUGCUCAUUCACCACCUGUAUCUGUAAAGUUAGGAGUAGCUAGUUCCAGCGAAACAGCAAAAAAUUUACUUAAAUCAUCACCGUUAAAAGGGACUGUGAACUCUGGCUUUCAUAAUCAAUCUAGUCAUGAAAUGCAAGCAAAAAAUGUAUCUUCUGGGGCCAAAAUUGAAUUAUCUUACCGUCAGGAAAAUGCAGAAGCAAGUAUGCGAAAUAAAUGCGUAUCUCAGCAACCCCAUAGCACGUGCCAAGGACUUUCCAAAGUUCCUGCAAAGCAAGUUUGCCCCAAAACCCCUAAUCAGCUGGCUCUCUACAGGAGUCGUGAUUUUUCCAACGCAGAUUUUCAAACAGUCAGGUCUUUUUCUCUAGAUUGUUCAUCAUUGGAAACAACUUCUUCACCAGGCGCAUAUUCUAGCAAGAAAGAUACUUCCAGUGACAGUGGGAUAGAUCAGCUACAAAAGAUGCCAAACAUUCUGCUUGCAUCCUCCCAGCGUCACACAGCGAGCACAAGCGAGCCUUUGCUAUCUCAGGUAAACAAUUCCCCGUUGUCAACACAGUUUCAUGGUAAUGAUGCUGCAAAUUCUGCCCAAAACUCUAAUGAAAAAGGGAUGAAAACUCGUCGCCCUGCAGGACUGAAAUUAUUUGUCAAAUCGCCCCAACUUCUCCGGAAGAGCUCUACCGUACCAGGGAAGCAGGAAAAAGACAGUAUGAAUGCAGCUUCCAAAAGCAAUGUGAGUCCAAGUAAGUACAAGCAGGAUGAAUCUAGAUAUAUAAGCACUGGAGGCGCAGCGGACACUGAAUUAAAAGACUCUAAGUCUGAAAUUGAAAUAAAAGAUAAUUGUACUGCAGGACUUGGUAUGGAUUCAGCAUCACCUCAUUCAUGUGAGAACUUCAACUUGAUGGCUGACAAAGUAGAUGGAUUAGAAAACAAAUCAGUUAAGAGAUCUGUUUCUUCUGGCAACAAGUCGCACUUGAAACCGGCUCUGGGCAUGAAUGGAGCGAAAGCACGUAGCCAGAGUUUUAGCAUUCACACAGGGGAAAAGCCAUCUGCCCUCGUGGCGGAAGGCCCUGGGAAAGUACGGACUCAGAUUAUUACAAACACCUCCGACAGAGGAAAUUCUCUAACAAGGCAGAACUCAGCCAUGGAAGGACUUCAAAUCAGGGCUGUUCCCAGCUCUGCGACAACGUCUGAGACUCCUUCAGCUGUUCCUAAAGCCACAGAAAAUUCUCAUUCCAGGCAAAGUUCUCUGGGAAAUACAAGUAAUUGCAGCAGCCAGCAUGGAAGCCCAAGCAAACUGCCGUUCAGAUCACCUACAAGACUAGACUUGUUUCACAGCGUUUCAAAAUGCGAUGGAAACAAACCACUUGCUCAGAAAGAUGCACAUAGUCUAUCUGUCCUGGGUGAGAAAAGCAGUGAAAAUUUUAAACACAAACCUCUGAAUAAAAAAAGUGUUCUCCAAGCAGAACUGGAAUUUGAGGCAUCAGCUGCUGUUUCUUCUGAGCAAAUUUCAUCCUUUCGGAAUAUGGAUGUGAUACAGUGUCCUCAGAAACUUGAAGCAAUGAAGUUACAAAGACAGCAAAUGUCUUUACAGUUAGCAGAAGCCUCUGAGAAGGUUACCGGUGUUUUGAGUUCACCUGCUCUACAACCUACAAUAGAAGAGAAAGUCAUGUUAUGCAUCCAAGAAAAUGUGCAGAGGGGUCAGGGACAAAGCAAAUCUCCCACUGCAGAGACUAAGCAAAAGACUGGGCCCUCUCUAGCAAGCUGGUUUGGCUUUCGGAAGAGUAAACUGCCAGCACUGAGUAGCAGGAAGACUGACGUUCCUAAAACAAAGAUCGAGAAAAAAGAAGCAAAAGUCUCUGGGUUUGGAAUUAAGCAGGCAAGAUUAGAGAAAAAAAAAGAAAAAAAGAAAACUGAACAACACUGUGAAAUGGAAAAUGAAGUUAACAGGAAAGCAGACAACAGUGACAGUUUAGAUGAUGUUUUGAAGAGUAGAAAUAUGAAAGCUUCACAAGACAUUCCUGGCGAGCUUGGGUGUGAACAAGCCAACGGUUCCACCAUAGCUGCGUACUCCCCAAAAGACAGUUUUAUGAAAGAGCUUUUGAACAGAGUUGAUAAGAAAGCAGCUCAGCAGACAGAAAGUGGAUCAAAUAAUGUUUCCUACAGGAGUGUGUCGAAGGGCAGCUCCCAGGGCUCCUCUCUUCACAACAAUUCCGUCAGCUCUCAAGGAAACCACAAGAAAAACAGCAAAACAAAAGCUGAUAUGGAAAUGCAGAAUCAGACCCUGGCUAAAGUAGUCACAGAAAACCUGCAAGAAGAAGAGGAGGACACCAUGGCCAGGACUACAUGUCAGAGUCAUGUGAUAGGGUCUGGCUGCCAGAUGAGGACGCUGGACAGCGGGAUCGGCACCUUCCCCCUGCCGGACGCGGGAGCCCGGGCUGCCGGGCGGCACGGUUCCAAGCACGACUCUGCCGGGGACACGGAAGCCCUUGCGCUGCCGGGGCAAGUGCUUCUCCCAGCUCCUUCGGUAAAAGCCAAAACUCUCGAGCGAGAAGUGCCUGCAAGCGCUAAGAGCCAGGAAGCUGCGGAAAGCGUAAUUAGUCACUCGACAUCGGAUCCGGCCAUGACCGCCAAAGGUGUACGACCCUUUCAGCGGCACCUUCGCGCGCCAGCUUCUGCAGGGAUAGCUGGCCUUGGAAGGCAAAACAGACAAGAGCCAAGCCCUGAGAGCGCUGCCUCAGUCGAGCAUUUUGAAGAAACUGUAGAAAAUAGACAGGUUCUUCCGGAGUGGACCAGCAAGAAAAGUGCUAAAGCCAAGGACAGAGCUCUGAGAGUAUGCACUUACUCUGCCAGCAGCAGUGACACUGAGACGGAGCCAGACUAUGAAACAAAUUAUUUUAGAGCUGCAGGAGAGAAGUUAGCGGAGUUAACAAAGAACAACAAACAAGCUGAGCAAGAAAAACAAAAUCAGAGAAAGUCUUUUCUGGGGAGCCCGAUGUCAAUCUUGGAUUUAUACCAGCACAGUCUCUAUGGCCAUUUUGGAGAGGAGGGACCUGAACAAUUAGCACAUUACAGUCUAAUCGAGCAGCUGAGUGGAGCUUCCAGUAAAGACAGCAAGGGCAAGGAGAGCCCCCAUAUAUCGAAGCAAACUGAAGAAACAGAAGAUUCUCAGAAUAGAUUAUCUGAAAUUUCCCUGGAGUCUCUCAAUAAAUUUAACAGCAAUAACGUGCUUUUAUUAGAAAAAGAGAAGAACUGUCUGAACAAGGUUGAAGGACGAAAGGAAGAAAAUGGAAAGAAAGAAGAGGCUUCCUUAAAUAACUCAGAUAGGCACGAUGUAGACAAUUUAGAAUCCUUGAGUGAUUCUUUAUAUGAUAGCUUCUCCUCUUGUGCCAGCCAAGGCUCUAAUGAUGUAUAAAGACACCUUCCAGUGGGCUGUGAAUGGAGCACUUAAGAAGCUGAAAGAAAGUGGGAAGUGAAGAGGGGGGGAGAAGAGACAGUUGUUGAAAAUUCUCACUCUAAAUCCUUGUAUUCACAGCAGGGUAUUCCUUUUUUUUUUCUUUUUUUUUUCUUUUU